UUACUUAUUAAAGCUUUAGAUUCAAUUGAAAUUGAAUCUGAUUCAAAUAUAAAUUCCAAUUUUGAUAUCAAUCCUUGCUAUGAUGAAACUCUUAUUAGCUCUAUUAUUUCAUAUCAUUUAAAUAACCUAUCACGAAUUAUAAAUAUACAUCCAAAAUCAGAUCAUUGGUAUUUAAAUGUUUUGUUUAACUAUAAUAAAAUUCAGUUUCAUCAAACUUUAAGAAUACAAUUAUCUUCAUUUUGGAUGAUUGUUAAUAAGAUACGUAAUCAUAGUAUUUUUAAAAAUAUUCCACAAAAUACACAAAAUCCUGUAGAAAAACAACUUGCUAUAGUUUUAUACAGAUUAGGAAGCAAAGUAACUAUUUGGAAUAUUUAUUCAAAAUUUGGAAUAUCAGAAGAUACUGUUCCUUUAUUUAUAUUUAGAGUUGUUGAGGCUUUAAAAUCUUUAAAAAAAGAUACUAUUAUUUGGCCAUAUAAUAAUUAUUGA